GGAAGACGAGCGUCGCGAGUGGGAAUAAGGAUCCCAGCGCUGAUGCAGCGCUCGCGAAGAUGGGGUAUGCGAGUGAGUUGCCACGGAAUUUGAGUAUGUUGAGUGUUUUGGGACUGUGAGUGCACUAUUUCCUCCAACCUCCCAUGGUCUGCAUUUCGACUCCUACAUCCUUCCAUUAGAAAUCUGGAUACACGCGAUUGAGAACUGGUCCGCAAUCGGAGUUGUUUGAUGAGAUGGGAUUAGAUGGAGUGCUCACUGACGCACACGCAGCUCCUUCGCCAUCAUGGCCGUACCGUUUGGUUUGUCUACGACCAUGUAUAUCACCCUCACUGACGGCCAAUCCGUCACCAUCCUCUGGGGUUGGAUCCUCGUCUCCCUGAUCUCACUCUGCAUCGCGGCCUCGCUGGCCGAAAUCUGCGCCGUCUAUCCAACUGCGGGAGGCGUUUACUACUGGUCGGCCAUGCUAUCAACCCGUCAAUGGGCGCCCAUCACCUCCUGGGUUACCGGCUGGUUGACUCUUGUGGGUAACUGGACGGUCACGCUGAGUAUCAACUUCUCAGGGGGCCAGCUCAUUUUGAGCGCGAUUACGCUGUGGAACGAGGAUUUUGUGCCGAAUCAGUGGCAGACGGUGUUGAUGUUUUGGGCGGUCAUGGCGAUCUGCAUGCUUGUUAACAUUUUCGGGGCCAAGUACCUGGAUUUGAUUAACAAGAUCUGCAUUUACUGGACGGCGAGUAGUGUCAUCAUCAUCAUGAUCACGCUCUUGACCAUGGCGGACGUAAAGAGGGAUGCGGACUUCGUAUUCACGCAUUAUGAUGCGAGUGCGAGUGGGUGGCCGAGUGGAUGGGCGUUCUUCGUUGGUCUCCUUCAGGGCGCGUACGUGUUGACGGGAUACGGAAUGGUGGCAGCCAUGUGCGAAGAAGUGCAAUUUCCCGAACGUGAGGUUCCAAAGGCCAUCGUCCUGUCAGUUGCAGCUGCGGGUGUGACAGGUGUCAUCUACCUCAUCCCGAUCCUCUUCGUUUUGCCAGACGUACAGCUACUCCUUGAGGUUGCCAACGGACAGCCCAUCGGUCUCCUCUUCAAGACCGUAACUGGAUCUGCUGCUGGAGGUUUUGGACUUCUCUUUUUGAUCCUGGGCAUCCUGUUCUUCGCCGGAGUCGGUGCACUCACUGCGGCGUCUCGGUGCACAUACGCUUUCGCCCGCGACGGCGCGAUUCCUGGAUCGAGGAUCUGGAAGAAGGUGUCAAAGAGGUACGAUAUCCCACUUGCGGCCCUCGCUCUUUCUACUGCAGUAGACUGCCUCCUUGGGCUUAUCUUCUUCGGUUCCUCCGCUGCGUUCAACUCGUUCACCGGCGUUGCAACGAUCUGCUUGUCGGCCAGCUACGGCAUGCCUAUCUUGAUCUCGGUCAUCCGAGGGCGUCAGGCUGUCAGGAACUCGUCGUUCUCACUCGGUCGCUUCGGUUAUGCGAUCAACGUCGCGAUGAUAGUCUGGAUUUGCUUGGCGCUGGUGCUGUUCUGCAUGCCGGUCAGCUUGCCGGUCGAGCCAGCGACAAUGAACUACGCAAGUGUGGUAUUUGCUGGGUUUGCGCUGAUUAGUCUGAUUUGGUACAUCAUUCGCGGCAGGAAGGAUUUCAGUGGCCCUCCUGUGCCGCAGGAUGUUGCGCCUGGUGAGGAGGUUGCGGUUGCUGGAUUGGCGGUGACAGAUAGUCAGCAUGAGAGGAAUGGGGAUAUGGAGGCCAAGGGUGAGAAGCUGUAGAUUCACACGCUAUGGCAGUUGCCGAAUCGAGAAGUUAAACGAAGGCUAUCAAAAUUGAUGCUCACCAACCUGGGCGGCUCUUGCUUGGAGUUGAUGAGUUACUCGAGACUUCUUUCCUCACGUUCCGGACGUAACUUCAUGAAACACACUGAGACUUGGAAAAACAUUCGCACAGGAACUGCC